AUGUCUAAACGCACACUCGAUGGCUUCUUUACGCUAGCAACCAAGCGCACUAAAAUCUCGCCACCACCAACGACGAGGAACCACAACUCAACAGCACAAAAAUCGGAGGAGACUUCCAAGACCGAUACUACAGAGGACGGCCAGACUUCCACCCCGGAUACUGACACUGCACCAAUCUUCUCCCACCACAAAACCUACCCCCACCCCAUCGCUCACCUGCCCGUAUCACUCAUCGAGAGCCUGACCACCCUCAUCACCACCUCCGAGGGCGCGUCCAUAACUGACCAACCCCAUCUGAACCUCCUCCACUUCCAACCCUUCAUCCCCCGUCCCCUUGCCACCGAGCUCUUCACCUUCCUCCGCUCCUCGCUCCCCUUCUACCGUGUCCGCUACACCAUCACCCGCUACGGCAAGGAAACCCUCAUCAACACACCCCGAUACACCACAGUCUUUGGCCUCGACGAAACAAGCCUCUUCGACCCACCAGAAUGCCCUACCUCCCCAUCCUCCUCUACUCCUAGCACACGCAUCAUCGACGCCGUCACCAAGCAACCUGUCAAACCCAGCAAAUACAGAUGCCAGCCCCGCCCAAUCCCGCACAGCCUCACCAUCCUCAAAUCCAUAACCGAGGCCGUCACAAACGAAACCUACAAUUUCGUGCUAGUCAAUUACUACGCGACCGGCGCCGACAGCAUCAGCUUCCACAGCGACGACGAGCGCUUUCUCGGCAAGGACCCGGCGAUUGCGAGUUUGAGUUUAGGCGCCAAGCGGGAUUUCUUGAUGAAGCAUAAACCUCCUUCACCUCCAGCGGCGGCGGGAGCAACAGCAGCAGCAGCAGCGGGAGACGGCAAGACCUUCCCGGGGACGAAACCACUGAAGUUCGAGUUGAACAGUGGGGAUAUGAUCUUGAUGAGGGGCGAGACGCAAUCGAACUGGUUGCAUAGCAUUCCCAAGCGAACGGGCAAGAACAGUGAGGCAGGUCAGGGGCGGAUCAAUAUUACGUUCCGAAAGGCGAUGGUGCCGGGCGGAACGGAGAAUUACUAUCGGUAUAAUGUUGGGGAGGGUGGAGUGUAUAGGUGGGAUAGUGGGAAAGGGGAGAUGCGGGAGUGGAAGGGAAGUUAA